AAUAAGGUGAUGGCUCCUCUUUAGCAGCAGAGGAAGGUGGCUUCACCUGUGGUCAAAAUCACAGUUGGACGAACAAGAGGAGAUGACCUCCUGCUGACCAAGGCUUCCUGCCUUCCUCAGCAACCUCAACCUCCUUGCUUCCAACUAGAGAUCACUCACCACCCAUCUUUGAUAGAUGCUGCUGCUUCUUAUGGCCCCCAUUGGAAGUGAGAGGCAGAAAAGAAAUGCGGAUAUAGCAUUUCAUUCUCAUGCAGAUAUGGAAAGCAACAAGAUGUCUGAUGGCAUUCUCUUGCCGAUACUGUCCGAAAUGGAAGAAGCGAUGAAUUGCAAGUCUAAAGAGAAUGAGAUGGAAGAUAUUGUGGAGGUAGCACCUGAUAUUAACAGCUGCGAUUCAGGAAACUCUCUUGAGGUGUUAUAGGAAUGGAGCGUGGACAAGCAGCAGGGUGUCAAGGAAUACCUUCAUCUUGUACAUGAAGAAAGAGUUAUGAUGUCUUGAUCUAUUGCAGUAUCGUUGAUUUUGUUUUAUCUAAGUACACGUGGACAAGUUAUAAAGGAUGUGUGGUGUAAUUUUUUGUAUGUAUUAUAUUGCUUAAAUCGUGUCUAUAACUUGGAUAGUUUUAGUUGGAGUCUCUUUACAAAGAUUUUGGUAAUCAUCUUAUGGAACAACUAAGAAGCGAGAUACAAAAGAACUGCCAAUGGUACAUGUCUUUAUUUUGUAGUUACUAGCACUAUGGUAUACUGUCUUUGUAUAGCCACUUGAACUUUUCUGUGUCUUGCACAAGUACAACAGUCAUAUUUAGGUUACUUGAUAUA